AUGAGGAGUUCGUGCUGCGGAAGCCUGUGCAAAGGUGUGCUGGUAAGCACCAUAUUCAGUGGGUUAUCACUCACCGGUGCCCAGACCUGCCAGCCGCUGUGCUCCUUCGAUGCACAGUAUACGCAGAGCUGUCAGAUAAGUCGCUGGUAUUCGGCAUCUUUGCUGCAGCGGCUACGGGGUGACAGCGUCUGGGGCGAGAUAGCGGCACAAGGCUUGACUUGUGAAUCCCUGAAUGGCUCUGCAUGUGAGAAUGCUACCCUUUGCAGAAUUUCUGGCGCUGGCUGUGCCACCGAUCGGGCUUGGAUAGCACGAAAGCUUGCAAGCCCCGUAUGGCAAGGUGGUGCGGGCUUAGGGGCUCAAAAAUGCGGCGAGUGUAUAGAGCUACAGAGCGAAGCCGAUUGCGCCGGGUAUAAUGGCACAGCCGGGUGCCUUUGGGAUCCAGGGCGAGCUUCGUGUGGCAUUCCACCUGCAACUGUACUUGCUUUGCUGCGACAGGAGUUUCGCGAUGAGCUGGUUCGGGUGGCGUUGCGAAGAGAUCGCUGUGCAUCUCUUGCCUCACAAGACCUGUGCAAGGGCUCCUGUCUGUGGGACGCAGCGGGCAUGAAGUGCAACUUGCAACCUUUGGAAGCUCUCUUGGCAGUCAUAGACGAGGAUUGCCCCUUGAGGAGUGUCCUGAGUGCAGGGUCUGCUUGUGCCGACCUUUCCGAAUCCAGCUGUCUUGCCUUGGGAUUA